GCAGGAGUUCACUGAACUGAAGCCUCCGCUGACCGGCGGACACCGGAUGUGACAGCCGUCUCCGGGCUGCGGUUCGGGUUCUGGUCGUGACCGAGCUGCGGGGCUUUGCGCGUCGCUCCCUCUGCUGUGCGCGUGCGCGCGGGGCGCUGUUGCGGGGCUGCUGGCGCCGCUGCCCCCGUCAGUGAGUCCGGAGCAGCCGGUCUGUGGCUGCAGCUCCUCGUGGAUUGGGUCGCCGUGCGCACGCGGGUGUGUGCGGGAUGAUGACGGACGCCCCGGGACUCGGCAGGAAGCGGGAACGCUGACGCGCACACGCAGAGCGGAUCUUCUGCUGGAGCGUCCUGUCCACAUCUCUGGCUCCGACCCUCGUCUCUCCAGCUCCCUGUCCCGUCAGGAGGUCUGAGGAGGAGCUUGCUCCGGUGUUGACGUCAGGAUGCUGCAGGAGCCUGAAGAGGGACCGAGCCCCACCUGAGCCCUGCCCCCCCAUCUCUGAACCUCAUCCCUCACAGCUCCGCCCCCCCCAUCAUGAAUCUGCUGUGCCGUGGGCGCCUGAAGCUGCUGGCGGCGUCCCUCACAGCCAUCGUCCUGCUCACCUGGCUCUACCUGCUGGCUGGGAACCUGGAGAAUGGCCGUUCCCUCCUGUUGGCGCCCUGUCUGGCCGACUCGCAGGCCGCUCAGGUCUUGGAGCGAGCCGUCCUGGAGGCGCGGGUUCGAGAGGUGGAGGAAGAGAACCGUCAGAUCCGACUGCAGCUCAGCCAAUCACAGGGCACGGCUGCCCAACUGGCAGAAGGAAACUACGGCAAUCAGCAGUGGGGCGCGUCUGCAGACACGGUGCCAGAAGAAGGCGACAACACGGCAGAGGAGAAGAACAACCACACAGACUGUCCGCGGCCCCCCACCAUCCAGAAGUGUGAGCUCAUCCACGUAGCGUGCGUUUGUGCCGGUCACAACGCCAGCAGGGACGUGGUCACGCUGGUCAAGUCGGUCCUCUUUCACAGGAGGAACCCCCUCCACUUUCACUUCAUCACUGACACGGUGGCCAACCGCAUUCUGAGCUCUCUGUUCCGGUCCUGGAUGGUCCCGUCCGUGCAGGUCAGCUUUUAUGAUGCAGAUGAGCUGAAGUCCGAGGUGUCGUGGAUCCCCAACAAGCAUUACUCAGGUAUUUACGGCUUGAUGAAGCUGACGCUGACCAAAGCCCUGCCGCCUGACCUGAACAAGGUCAUCGUCCUGGACACAGACAUCACCUUUGCCACUGACAUCGCUGAGCUCUGGGGCAUCUUCAGGAAGUUCACCGAUAAGCAGGUGAUUGGUCUGGUAGAGAACCAGAGUGACUGGUACCUGGGUAACCUGUGGAAGAACCACAAACCUUGGCCCGCUCUGGGAAGAGGCUUCAACACAGGCGUCAUUCUUCUGUACCUGGAGCGGCUGCGCCGAAUCAGCUGGGAGCAGAUGUGGCGGCUGACAGCAGAAAGGGAGCUAAUGAGCAUGCUCAGUACAUCACUCGCCGAUCAGGACAUCUUCAACGCUUUCAUAAAGCAGAACCCGGUCCUGGUCCACCAGCUGCCCUGCUUCUGGAACGUCCAGCUAUCUGACCACACCCGCUCUGAGCAGUGCUACACCGAGGUGUCAGACCUUAAGGUGAUCCACUGGAACUCCCCAAAGAAGCUGAGAGUGAAGAACAAACAUGUGGAGUUCUUCAGGAACCUCUACCUGACCUUCCUGGAGUACGAUGGAAACCUGCUGCGGCGGGAACUGUUCGGCUGCCCGAGUCAGGCCAGCCCAGAGAGCAUCCAGCUGCAGGGCGCUCUGGAGGAGCUGGACGAGGACGACCAGUGCUACGACUUCCGGCGCGAGCGGCUGACCGUGCACAGAGUGCACCUGGAGUUCCUGCAGUACGAGUACACGCCCACCGAGGACGACGUGACGCUGGUGGCCCAGCUCUCCAUGGACAGGCUGCAGAUGCUGGAGGCCAUCUGCAAGCACUGGGAGGGCCCCAUCAGCCUGGCGCUCUACAUGUCCGACGCCGAGGCCCAGCAGUUCCUCCGCUACGCCCAGGCGUCCGAGGUCCUCAAGAACCGCAAGAACGUGGGCUACCACAUCGUCUACAAGGAGGGUCAGUUCUACCCCGUCAACCUGCUGAGGAACGUGGCUCUGAAGAACGCCAACACCCCCUACACCUUCCUGACAGACGUGGACUUCCUGCCCAUGUACGGGCUGUACGAUUACCUCAGACGGUCCGUGGUGCAUCUGGACAUGAGGAACUCCAAGAAGGCUCUGGUGGUUCCAGCCUUUGAGACUCUGCGUUACCGCCUGUCCUUUCCCAAAUCCAAAGCCGAGCUGCUCUCCAUGCUGGACAUGGGGACUCUCUACACCUUCAGGUACCACGUGUGGCCCAAGGGUCAUGCUCCGACCAACUACGCUAAAUGGCGAACGGCCACCACCCCCUACAGGGUGGAGUGGGAGCCGGACUUUGAGCCGUAUGUGGUGGUGAGGCGAACCUGUCCGGAGUAUGACCAGCGCUUCGUGGGCUUCGGCUGGAACAAGGUUUCCCACAUCAUUGAGCUGGACGCACAGGAGUACGACCUGAUGGUUCUCCCCAACGCCUUCAUGAUCCACAUGCCACACGCUCCAAGCUUCGACAUCUCCAAGUUUCGCACCAGCUCCAGCUAUCGCAACUGUCUGAACACCCUGAAGGAUGAGUUCCACCAGGAUCUGUCCAGGAAGUAUGGCGCGGCGGCUCUCAAGUACCUUACAGCCCAGAGGAACAUCUAGAGCCGCGACCUGCUGAGUCAGCGAGCCGGUGGGCUCCUGGGGGCUGAAGACGCACCGGGACUGCUGUGCAGCGGAGCGCCACAUGAGGGAUGGGUUGAGCUUUACACUCCGUGGAGUAGAUUUGGGCUUCCUGUCAACAGGGAGUAGCUGUGCUGACAAAAACUGAGUGGACAGCACCGUGCUGGGCCUCCUCCCAGCAGGUUCUGCUGAAACCGGACCAGCUACAAGGCCAGAGAACUUCUAUUUUCACGCAAUUUGUUCUGACAAUCAGAGCUUUCUGACCCAGCGGGUCUGAGAGGAUCAGUGGGAAAAACUGCAGCCAACGAUGGAAGCCUUACCCUGAUAUUUACGGAGAUAUUUCAUGAUCUUCGCUCGGCGUAACUCCUCACCAAUGAUCGGGAACGUGGCGCUAACUUUUACUGCAGCUUUAUAGCAAAUUCUUCUUUUCUGUUUUAUGUUUUUGGACCUUUUUCAGAGGAAAUCCAUGAUGUCCCAUCGACGCCGCGGCUUUCAGAGACACGCUGUGUGUGUGCGUUUUGUUGUGUGUCUGUGUAUAGCGGGGCCUGUGAGUGUUUGUGUGAGUGCGUGGUUGUGUGUGUUAGAGUUUGCGUCUGUGUGUUUGUAUGCAUGUCCAUGUGUGUGAGGGGGGGGUGUGUGUAUCAAUGCGCGUUUGUGUAUGCGUUUCCAUGUGUCUGUUUGUGUGUGUUUGGUACAUCUUCAGCUCCUGCAGGUGUUUUGUGUGUGUAUGUCAGCGUGUGUGCGUGCGUGUGUGUUUGUUGUGUACAUCUGCAGCUCCUGUGUUGCACUUGUGUCUGUGUAUAGCGGGGCUUGUGAGUGUUUGUGUGAGUGCGUGGUUGUGUGUGUUAGAGUUUGCGUCUGUGUGUUUGUAUGCAUGUCCGUGUGUGUGGGGGGGGUGUCUGUAUCAAUGCGCGUUUGUGUAUGCGUUUCCAUGUGUCUGUUUGUGUGUGUUUGGUACAUCUUCAGCUCCUGUGUUGCACUUGUGUGUGUGUGCACGUGUGUUUGUUGUCUCAGCUGCUUCCGUCUUGCAUGCUUGAACUGCGUGUUCUCUCCUAUUUUCUGUCGUCCAUCAUCCGUCUGAGAGAGAUGAGAUGAUUGACAGGGGCCAAGUCUCGCAGCACGUGCACAGCAACACGUGCACCGUGGGUCACGUGAGCGGGGUGUGUUUGUGGAGAAGGCAGGAGCUACUCAUUUGUGUGGAAUCACUGGACAUUGUGCUGUCUACUGUAAACCUUACCUUACCUGCUGUUUGUUAAGUCCAACUGAGAUGAGCAAAGCUGUCCUCACUUUACCAUCAUUCAGCCAAACUAGAUAUUGGGGGGGUUGGGGGCUCAUGGCGGCAGGAAGAAACCAUCUGGAACAGGGAUGGGCUCCUGCAUGUUUUCCAGCAUCCCCCGCUCUGGCAUGUUUUAAUAGCCUGGACCUACCUGGUCCAGGUAAUCAGUCAUGAGUAGGGCUUGGAUAUCUGGAAGUCCUGCAGACACACCGGCCCCCCAGGCCUGGAGUUGUCCAUUCCUGAUCUGGGAAGAGCCUCAAUGAUGAGAACCGAGAGAAGAAGCUGGUUCUGUUUGAUCCAAACGAACAGGUCAAACUUCCGUUUUGUUGAAAAUUCAUGCUACCGUUUGAAAACCUCCACUUUCUGCAGAGUGGUGGUGUUUGCUUCACUGAAGUCUGUGCAGUCAGAAAAAAAACCUGCUGACUGGAUGGAUAGAAAAAAAACAUUCUAGCAAAGCCUCCCUUGUUGGUUCUCUCUCAGAGUAGAGGAGUGGUUUUGGCCAGAGCUGAGCUCCAGCUGUGACGACACUAAACUCUUCUGCAGGCUGUUGUCCCUGGAGGACAAAGGUCAAAAUGAGGUGAUCUUGUUUUGACGUGAAACUGAGCUGGAGAUCACAGAGGGAUUAAACAGAAAUGGCCUGUAGGGGGCAGCGCGCUGCUCAUUUCAUUUGGACCAGGAGGACCAAUUGUUUAGUUUUCUUUCUCGUGUUUUUGCAUCGUCACAGAAUAAUCAGAAGAUGGAUUUUCCCCACUGAUUCUAGGGUGGUACAUGUUUCCUCUGUGAUGAAAGGCCUCGCUGCUGUUGGACAUUAUCUGACCAAAACCGGUUUCUGUUGGCGCACACCCGCACAGGAAACUGUCCCAGCCUCUCUGCUGCUUUGACUUUACACUGGUAGUUAUUUUUAUUUCACUUUUUGUUUUCCACCCGCAUGUGCAGAACGUUCAAGAGCAGAAACCCAGAUCCCCCCAAACGUCAGCGUUGAGGAAACGAGCAUUGGAUUGGGGGGAUGGCGUCCCUCAGAAAGCACCCCCCCCCCCCCCCCCCACCACCAUCCACAGCGCCUCCAUGCCCCUGUUGUUGAUUGUGGUCAAUGCUAGUGCCUUUGCUGUUUCGUGAAACUGGAUAUCGAUUGUACGGCUGAACGGAUGACCUGGGACAGUCAGGCGCUCUAUUUAUUAUUGGUGACUUGAAUCUGUCAUAUUUUUCUAAGUGCUUUAAAUAAACUGGCCUUUUUGUAACA